AUGUCUAAAAACAUCAUACUGUUCAUAUCAUUCGUCUUAAUUCUAUCAAUCCUCCCAACAACCCAUGCAACAGUGAAAUACAACAUCACAAACACAGCUACACAAACCCCAGGUGGGAUCAGAUACGAGACCCAAAUCGGGUUCAAACACAGUAAACACAUCUUAAAGUCCUCAAAUUUGUUCAUAUGGAGGCUUUUCCAACAAAGAAACAAAACAGAAAGAGCAAACGUGACACACGUGCACUUACUCAUCGAUGACAUGGACGGUGUUGCUUACUGUGAAAACAACGAGAUCCACGUCAGCGCAAGAUAUAUUGCAAACUACAAGGCUGAUGAUGAUGAUGAUGUUAGGAGAGAAUUCAGUGGGGUGAUGUAUCAUGAGAUGACCCAUGUGUGGCAAUGGAAUGGAAAUGGUUCGACCCCUGAAGGAUUGAUUGAAGGGAUUGCUGAUUUUGUGAGGCUAAAGGCUGGCUACAUACCUAGCCAUUGGGUUCAACCAGGGUCAGGUGACAAGUGGGACCAGGGCUAUGAUGUUACAGCUAGGUUUCUUGAUUAUUGUGAAGGUCUUAGAAAUGGGUUUGUGGCUGAACUUAAUAAGAAGAUGAGGUAUGGUUAUAGUGUUGACUAUUUUGUUGACUUGGUUGGGAAGUCAGUUGAUCAGUUGUGGAGUGAGUACAAGGCUGCAUAUCAUUUAUAA